GUGUGCAGAGACUCUGAUGAGGAGUGGACUCACCUGAGCCCCAAAGAGGUCGAUCCCUCCACCGGAGAGUUGCAAUCCCUGCAGCCCAGGGACCAGGACCAGGGUCCCCUGUCGGGACAACAGGGUCCAACAGGUCUAAGGGAGGCGGCUCUGUACCCUCACCUGCCUCAACAGGCGGACCCCCAUCUGGUGGAGUCUCUGUCUCUCAUGCUGUCGAUGGGUUUCACUGAUGAAGGCGGUUGGUUGACUCGUCUCCUUCAGGCCAAAAACUUCGAUAUCGGUGCAGCGCUCGACGCCAUCCAGUACGCCAAACAGCCCCGCCCACACCAGCCCUGAUGAUGUCAUCAUGAUGUCACUGCUGAUAUCACCUAUACUAAACAUCUAACCAGGAGAUGAUUUAUACUACAGUCAGAUGUUCUUGUUGUUUCCUGUAAUCUGAGUUUCAGUCAGUCCUCUAAAUUCUAUUAUUAUCAUUUAUCAAUCUUUUGCCUCAUUAAUCAGUUUUUUCAUGAUCAAUACUUUGUCUCAUUGAUUACUGUACUGUGGUUUUAUGUUAAUCUUAACAAUAAAAACAUGAACUGGA